UGAUGGCACAAAGGUUCCGGCAUAGUGCAUACCUAGAUUUCUAUUCAUCCCCUUGUAAGACACGAACAUUGUCCCGCAGUUCCCGCGUUUCUUGCGUUUUCCGUCGGUCGCAUCAGUUUUGCUCCGAUGUUCGCCAUUGUUUUUGGCAUUUCUCUUACUCGAUAGCCUCACCUUACUAUCGCGUGCUCCUCGGCGACUGGCUCGUCGGCGCUCUCCGCUCGAUUGCCCCACUACCCCGCCUAUCAACGGAAGGGCAGGUUCCCCUUGCGCACGACAACAACUUUCUCUGAACCCUGAGCAAUUCUUCUUUCUUGUAAAUUCCACUUACUUUAUAGACAUCUUUCCACUCUUCAGCUUCUUAAUACUCAGUCAGCAUGGAAAUUCGCACCGUUGGUCCAGAAGAAGUCAAAGACGCAGCGACCGCUGCCGCGCGCCGCAUCCCCGCCGAAGAGAUCGACUCAACAUUCAAGUCGAAAUACAUAGACCUCAUCUCCGCACCCCUCGGCUCCAAAAUUCUCUCCUUCAGCGACGAAUGGUUCGCCGCAGCCGAGAACCUUAUCACGCCCACACCCCCGGUUCACAAACCAGGCGUCUUCGUUCACAGCGGGGCCUGGUACGAUGGCUGGGAGACACGGCGGCACAACACUGAACCGGCCGACUGGGUGGUGCUGCGGCUCGGCGUGGCUAGCGGGCGCGUCGCAGGCGUGGAGAUCGACACGGCCUUCUUCAACGGGAACCACGCGCCCGAGAUUGCCGUCGAGGGCUGUUUCAUCACGGACGCAGCCGACGAAGACAGAGUCAAAAGCGCCGACUUCGGGGGCUGGGAGACCAUACUCGCGAAGCAGGAGUGCGGCCCGAGCCAGCGCCACGGCUGGCUGCUCAACAGCAUCUCGGACAAGGCAUACACGCAUGUCCGCCUGCUGAUGUACCCCGACGGCGGCAUCGCGCGGUUCCGUCUCUACGGCGUUGCAGUCCCCGUAUUCCCCGCAUCCGCGGACGCCGUCUUCGAGCUCAGCGCCACAGUCAUGGGCGGGGUCGCCGUGUCGUGCUCCGACCAGCAUUUUGGCACAAAAGACAAUCUGCUGCUGCCCGGCCGCGGGAAGGACAUGGGCGAUGGCUGGGAGACGAAGCGUACGCGGGGCGAGCACGUCGAUUGGACAAUUGUGAAGCUCGGCGCGGAGGGCGAGAUCGACCAUGUUGUCAUCGACACGGCGCACUUCCGAGGCAACUUCCCGCAGAAGGUGCAGGUAUUUGCGGGGAAGUUCGCGCAGGGAAUCGAGCCUGCACAUGACGACAAAGCGUGGGUGGAGGUGCUAGAGCCCCAGCGGAGCGGGCCGGACGUGGAGACGGAGUACAAGGCGGAGCUGAAGGAGGUCAAGGGGCGGGCGUACACGCAUGCGAAGCUGGUCAUCAUCCCCGACGGGGGCGUAAAGAGGUUUAGAGUGUUUGGGCGGAAGGUGUAGUUGCAGAUACAAUACCUGGAACUGAGUCAAUAUGGCGAGCCUUUCGCCGAAUAUCAGACGUGGUGGAUUUCAUCUCUGGCCCUUGAGCGUGCGGGAGGUGAGGGAAGGGGCCCAUUCCAUCUGCUGAAUUCGCUAUUCCUCCCUCGUUGCGAAAAACUGGUUUACGCCCAUGUCCAGCU